GAACAAAAGCUAUUGUUUUCGCUAUUGUUUGCCCGCCUUUCUCUUUUGUUCUUUGUCCCGGCUUGUUAUUGUCGAGGGCUUUUAUGCAUGCAUGGGUUCCAUUAGGCGCCCCGCGUUGUUUUCCCAGGCGUUUUUCCGUGGUUUUUAGGGGCGUUUACCGCGUGAGAGCGGGAGGUGUGUGACCAGGCGGACAGGCGGGAAGCAGGGCUCGGGAAGCCCGACGCACUCCUCACACCCGAUACGGCGCACAUGUGUGCCGCCCGAUACAAUGACUAAUAUUCCGAAUUGUUGCUCUAAAAAUACCCUGAUGGACGGAACAGCUUGCACUGCAAGAAAUUGCGCAGCAGAAUUCAAUCCCUUUAUGCUGACAAAAAGAAGGCCAAAAAUGGGUGAGAAGCGGCCAGCGUCACCUGAGUUUGACAACACAGUAAAGCAGCAGAAACUCCAGGAAGACUCAGACGCAGAAGUGCAGGACGAGAGUCACGACGUCAUCGAAAACACAGUGGAAGCAGCAGAAGAGACGACAAACAGGGAACAAGAAUUGGAAGAAUCCAAUGGGCUAACGGGGGAAACAGAUAACCUACAUCAGGAUUUGAGCACAAACGUUUAUACUAGUGAAGAGGACUCUAAGACUAGAGCACAGACUGAGGUGUUUGAUUUAAGUCGACCAAAGAUCCGAGAGAGUCCGGCGGGUACGAGCCCGGGAGCGAAGGAACGAGGGAGCGACAGGAGAGAGGAUGUGAUAGAGAGGAGGAAGACGAGUUUACUGAGUGUUGUUGACAAUCUGAAGCAGAGAAAGAUGGAGGAGGUGCGGGUGAAGAUGGAACAGAUGGAGGAGGAGUUGUACAUGAACGGCGCGGGAACCGACGCCGCCAGGAAGAGCGAGCUGGAGAGACGGCGGGACGAGACGCGGGACCGGAUCGUGAGUGGGCUGGGCGUGGUGAGUGCGAUGGCAGAGCGGUGGCGGGAGCAGGACGUGGCGGACACGGACAGGCUGACGCUGGAGGACCGGGAGCUGCGACUGGCGGACAGGGAACAGCAGCUGGCCGAGGUGUUGGAACAGCUCAGGGCACUAAAGGAACAGCUGCUGACACAGCAGGAUGAGAUGAACAGGGUGCAGCAGGGUCAGCUGGCCAAACAGCAGCAGCAGCUGGAGAUCCAGCGACAGCAGCAGGAGCAGAUCCAGCUGCAGCAACAGCAGCUCCUGCAGCAGCAGCAGAAGAUCCACCUACUGGAGCAGCAGAUCCAGGAGCAGUGUAACAACGCUGCAGCCGGCCAGCCGUUCAUGAGAAUCAUCCCAGUGUUCCCACACGACCAGGCUACGGCGGCUGCAGCCGCGGCAGCUGCAGCUGCGUACUACCCGAGCAUCCCACGGACCCUGCCCUACGGCACGGCGGACCAGUAUCCAGUGGCGCUGUCGCCCGCGGCGGCGGCACGACUCCAGAUGGCGGGGAUCCAGCCUAACCUGGCGCUGCACUCCCUCGGACUGGACCCUCGUCUUCCUGUUACAGCAGGGUCCCUCCCUCUCACAUCCGUCCCACAGGUGCACAAGCCUGAGCCAUCCGAGAGCACGUCACCCGGGCAGGCCACCACCCCGCAGAGGAGCACCACCCAGUCCUCCAACUCUACCACACCACAGCUCCACAGCAUCCUGGUCAACAGCACCGCCAACCCGCAGCCUCUCAACCUGUCCCAGAAGGCCCAGUCCUCCUCUCCGGAGAAGAAGAUGGCCACGUCCACGACGACGUCACCGACGGCGGGAGCGAAGGCGCCGAGCCAGGCCACGGUGUCGGCCCCACAGACGAGAGCCUUGCUGUUGAACAGUCUGUCUCCGACAGCGAGGGCACAGCUCAUGGCCCACGACUCACAGGCAGCUCUUCAGGCCAAACAGCAGGCUGAGUUGGAAAGACUGCGGUCGGUGGGCGUGCUGACCACCACGGCUCACAUGAACGGACUGUCCCAGCAGACCUCGCCGACCGCGGAGGGCAGCAAGGGCGUGGACAAGGAGAAGAUCGCCCUGGAGGCGCUGACCCACCAGCUCUACAUGCGGCAGAUGACCUCCGGCAAGGUUGGCGGGGAGGGCGCGUCCUCGGAGCUGACUCAGAAAGUGAAGGAGCCUGGGAAGAUGGUGAUAGACCUGACCUCGGAGGAAGCGGCUGCGUCCAGCCACCAUCGUGAACUGGACGCUGACGGCAGGCCAAAUCCCCACAUACAAGAAGCGAGGAUCUACCGAGAGGUCAGGGGUCGCACGGUGAGCGAGCCGCACAUCAAGCGACCAAUGAACGCCUUCAUGGUGUGGGCGAAGGACGAGAGACGCAAGAUCCUCCAAAGCUUUCCCGACAUGCACAACUCCAAUAUUAGCAAGAUCCUCGGUUCUCGAUGGAAGUCCAUGUCUAACCAGGAGAAGCAGCCAUACUAUGAGGAACAGGCACGUCUCAGCAAGGCCCACCUGGAGAAAUAUCCCGACUACAAAUACAAACCCCGUCCCAAACGCACCUGCAUUGUGGAUGGGAAAAAGUUGAGGAUAGGUAAACGAAAAGCAUCAUUCAUUGGACAAGAGAGGGCCUGGCUCCUUGCAGGUAGUACAAUCGUGCUUGUCGCCAAACAGCAGGCUGAGUUGGAAAGACUGCGGUCGGUGGGCGUGCUGACCACCACGGCUCACAUGAACGGACUGUCCCAGCAGACCUCGCCGGCCGCGGAGGGCAGCAAGGGCGUGGACAAGGAGAAGAUCGCCCUGGAGGCGCUGACCCACCAGCUCUACAUGCGGCAGAUGACCUCCGGCAAGGUCGGCGGGGAGGGCGCGUCCUCGGAGCUGACUCAGAAAGUGAAGGAGCCUGGGAAGAUGGUGAUAGACCUGACCUCGGAGGAAGCGGCUGCGUCCAGCCACCAUCGUGAACUGGACGCUGACGGCAGGCCAAAUCCCCACAUACAAGAAGCGAGGAUCUACCGAGAGGUCAGGGGUCGCACGGUGAGCGAGCCGCACAUCAAGCGACCAAUGAACGCCUUCAUGGUGUGGGCGAAGGACGAGAGACGCAAGAUCCUCCAAAGCUUUCCCGACAUGCACAACUCCAAUAUUAGCAAGAUCCUUGGUUCUCGAUGGAAGUCCAUGUCUAACCAGGAGAAGCAGCCAUACUAUGAGGAACAGGCACGUCUCAGCAAGGCCCACCUGGAGAAAUACCCCGACUACAAAUACAAACCCCGUCCCAAACGCACCUGCAUUGUGGAUGGGAAAAAGUUGAGGAUAGGGGAGUACAAGUCUCUGAUGCGAGCCCGUCGGCACGAAGUUCGCUCCGCCCUGUACCAACAAGCCCAGGUCGACCACUACACCGCCGCGCAGAUCGCCCAGAUCGCCGCCGCGAACGCCGCCGCAGCGGCCUCGGGAGUCUCCACGGCGACCAUCAGCCAAUCGGUGAGCAGUAUGGUCACCACGGCCACGGGAGCGGGUUUGAGCGGGAGCGAGGCGGCGAGCGCCGGGGCGGCGUCCAUGACGAUGACGAGCACGGGGGCAGAAGCCCUGCCGGUCAUCACUCACACGUACUCCUUAGAGACGGGGGUGGCCUCGCAAGACUGAGCAAAGGACAACAGUGGCAGUAAAAAACACAGGACAAGAGUGUCGUCACAGUGUGUGAGACAAAAGAGUCGUGGCUUGAGUCUAGAGAAAGAUGUUGGUCUGUGGGUUUUGUCAGAUGUGCCGUCGUAUGUGACUGGGAUUGUGACUGUCGUGGUGUGACGUAAGGGUUGCCAUCCAGCGUGUUAUGUUGAGCUGAGUCGGGUACAGAAAGUUGAUUUCCUUCCUUUGAUAAUUCACAGUUCUUACUCUGUUGUACAAACAGAAAGACAAACAGUUUUGGCUAAAGCAUCCCUAGAUUGACUACAAAUUUGUAGUAAAUGGGGUGCUUAAAAAAACAACUAAGAAUGAAAUUUGUGUUUUCAUUCAAACAAUGCCCAUGUAACAAAGGGUGCAAAAUCUUCCUCCAUCUUGGAAUGCCUACCUUUAGCUCAGACAUAUGGUAAUCGAGCCUCCUUGUAAGAAGGUCCGUGAUUGGUUUGUUGUGGAAAGCCCUGUGAUUGGUUGGUCAGAUGUAAGAAGGUCUGUGGUUGGUCUCUUUGCAGCCUGAGGAUAUGUGUGUUGUGCAUUGCAGUUGGUUGCAGAGUGAGGUUUUUUAAUUGCCAGUAAUUUAGUUAAUCAAAUUUUAAGUGUUUGGGAACACAAUAAUAGAGUGAUAUUAUAAUUAUCAGGUAUGACGAUACCUUUAUUGAAUUCUGAGAGCUUGCAGAAAAAGAUUAAUUUUGCAAGUGUAUAUUUAGCAGCAUGUCGUGCAAACAGUGGAGUUGAGCAUAAAUGUUAAAUUGUAACUGACUGAGUUUUCACCGUUACUUUUAAAAGCCAAAUCUACACACAGAUGAAUUUAUUCUACUUGUUCAAAGUCUACAUCCACUGAUAUGAUGUAACACAGUGUUAAGCACCAAAACGGUGACGUAACUUAAGUUGAAUGUCAAUGUGUAAAGAUAUCUAGUGAUAAUGAAAUUCAGUACAGUUGAAUGGAAUUGGGUUUAUGAGAAGGAGAUCUAUAGGAUUGUGCAGUGCAAAUGGUUAUACUAAACGGACUCUCUUUCUUGUAGAGGAGAGAGAGACAUGUAAAGGGCUUGAAGUUGUUUGUAUACUCGAAUCUUGAGCGUUUUGCUACAAGUAUAGGCAAGACAAAGUAAAGUAGGUAACAGACAAACGUAAAGAAGCUUUUGAAGGAAAAUAAUGAGAUGAUGAGUUUUCUGCUACCUUUCAAUCAGAAGCCAAAAAUUAAGACUAAUCAUGCUAAUGAGCGAUAAUCAGUUACUACAUUUGUAUACCUCAUUUAUAAAAUGGAAUGAUGCGAUGGAUUGGAAGUGUGUCUUCCAGAAAUUUAUGAAGAUGGUUGCCAAAAAAGGUAUGUGCCACUCAGUAAGUUUCAAGACAAGAGUUUAGUAUUUUCUUUUUAUAUUGUAUUCUAAUGUAUUUUGUAACAAUCUCUAAGAGAGAGGUAGAUAUGGGUAUGUUUAUGUUUUUGUUGUUUUUUUGUUUCGUGUUGUCUGCCAGCAGUUUUUAAAAAUGUAUAAUAUUCUUCCGUCGCCCGUUUUGUUGACUAUUUUACAGGUUUUUAGAAACUCAGGAAUAUGUGAAAGGAGGAGCAUAUUGUGAUGCCAAAUUUUCUCAGUAAUUCUAUAACGAACACUCUAGACUAUCAUUUGACCACUUCAAUGGUUUAUAUACCCUCCAACCAGAGGGAUAUAUGGUAAUAUUUAUGUGCCAUUUUAUUUUUGUAGUAGCUUUUGUCCAACAGUAGAUAUUCAUGUCAAUAUAAUGAAAAAGUGUAGUUAUGUUUUGUGCUCUGUUUGGUAUAUAUAUAUCUAUAUCUAUAUUGUAUCUAUAUCUAUAUUGUGCUAUGUUUUUUCCAGACUGUAACAGUCAUUGGUGGAGUGCAAACAUUAUUUGUAUACCUCGUGAAACGUUUGUACACUUGCAAGUAGUGCUAUACAUGAAGUGAAAACAAAACAACAACAACAACGGCCAUGAAGUCGGUGCUUUGUGACAAUGUUUCCUGUAAGCUGUGUCCGGCAACCUGGUCACCCCCAUACUGCAACAUGGUACAUCCCAAAUAUUAAACAAGAAAACGAUACAAGAAAAAGGAAUACUGUGCAUGACGAGAUAUUCUCUCUCAUGCAUCUUCCGGUUUUGAAACAUCCCUAUUUUGAAAUGGAUCGUACCAUUUUUUGAUACACAUAAGCAGUGAAGACUGUAACAAAACUUUGUAAACGGGGGUGGACAGGUUAGGAUGGAGCUGUACAGUUUGCAGCAAACUUUGUAUUGUGAUUCAGUAGUGCCUCGCUAGUACAGUUAGUAGAUACUUUGUGACACGAGAACUUGGUUCUUGUGACUGUGCUGGCCACCUGGCAUCGCCACUCGGUACUGCAGCUUGAAAGAAGCCAGUGUGGUUUUGUUCAUUUUUACUUCAAAUCUGUAGUGGUCGUCACCCCCUUGUUAUGAAUGGAGCAUGCCACCUGUAGCAGAAGUGUAACACUAACAAGGGACACAACCAUUCUGAUGAAGGGGUGGUGAGGACGAUGCCAGGCAGCCAGCAUUCUGUGGUUUGUGUGAAUGGUUCAAAACAAAAGCCAAGUGUGACAAUAUUGUAUUGUAUGUACCGUGGCUCUGCCAUAGAAUCUACCUCUAGUCAACCAUAUAGAGUUUUACUAUAUCGUGGUGGUUUAUCGAGAAUUGAUGCUUACGAAAGUCCUAUUUUUGUAAUUCAAUGAUGAGAUGAUCUUGUAAUUGUUGUUCCGGAUAAUGUAUGUUUGCUGUCUCCACAGUGCUUAGACCACUUGACUUGGUGCCCAGUGUCUCUCCUUUCUGGAAAAAUCUGAACUUUUAAAAACAAACCCAAAGUUUUGGGUGUGGGGAAAAGCACAUGGUAGCUGUGUCAGAAAACCUCUGAUGUUGAAAUUUCAAAUGAUGUCUUGGAAUUAGGCAGGAGAAACCUAAUGCUUAUUAUGAAUGUUUUUCUAUGAUAUCAGGAGUUUCAGCUAUGAAGACCCCCCCUCCCUGUCAAAGAAUUCUGUAACAAUUGUUCAGUUACAUACAUGGAUCUGUGUUGUACCACCACCAUUACCAAUUUCAUCAACAAUUUCUUGGAUUUUCCAACCUAAAAAUUCCUGCCAAAAUAUGAGGAUGUUCCACUGACUCCAUCCAGUACUGUUGGAAAAAUAUUUUUGGUAAAAAAAAA